AUGAAAAGUGUUUCAUGGCAUAUUUUGCAGUCAGUUUUCCUCAGUAACAAUAUGGAUGCCAGGAAUUUGGGAAUAGGAAUAAUAUUCCUGUUACAGAGUACAGUUGGAAUUCUAGGAAACAUCUCUAUUCUUUCCUACUACUUAGUUAUUUUUUAUAAGAAACAUAAAGGAAAGCCCAUGGAUUUGAUUCUUGUGCAUAUGAUCAUAGUUAAUAUCUUGAUCAUUCUCUCUAAAGGAGUGCCAAGCACAAUGACAGCCUUUGGGUUGAAACUUUUCUUUAAUGAUUGGAGCUAUCAAUUUUUUAUGUAUGUUCUAAGAGUUUCCAGGAGCAUGUCCAUUGUCACCAUCUGCCUUUUGAGUGUAUUCCAGACCAUCAUCAUCAUCCCAAGAAACUCCUGUUGGAAGAAUCUUAGAGCCAAAUCUCCAAAGGGCAUUAGUCUCUGCAUUUCUCUCAGCUGGGUCUUAUACAUCUUUAUAAAUGUUAUUUUCCCUUUGUACAUGUCCGUAACAUUAAGUGAGAAAAACAUAACAGAAGGUACAAAUUUCAAACUCUAUACUAUUGUAGGAUAUGACAAAAUCACAGUUUUCUUAUAUAUAACUUUCUUUGUGUUUCCUGAAAUCCUGUUUUCUGGUCUCAUCACCUGGUCUAGUAGUUCAAUGAUUGUCAUUCUGUACAGGCACAAACAGCGAGUUCAAUACAUCCGCAGCACUCAUGCUUCCCAUAGCAGUUCCCCUGAAUCCAGAGCCAUUCAGAACAUCCUGGUCCUAGUUUUUACCUUUCUGACUUUUUAUACACUUUCUGCCAUCUCACAUACUUAUAAUGCUCUAUUUCACUAUUCAAAUUGGUGGCUAAUAAAUUUCACAGCCAUUAUAACUUUAUGUAUUCCCACUUCAAGCCCUUUUGUACUUAUGAGUCAGUCAUUCCCUCUCUCCAAACUCUGCUUUCUCUAG